AUGGAGGGUCCUAACCUUGCUGAAGUUCUUGGCCCAUUCGCUCGGCCCAAGGAGGGACAGCUUUACACUACUUGCCUUGACCUGGGCGUCGACUUUUGGCGCAACAGCGCGGCCGUCGCUCCAGUCCUGGGAGAUGGUGUCGAGGGUUUAGUCGUGUCCCGCGAGUUCAGUGGGAGCACCCGCGUGCGGGCGCACCGUGGAAUCAUGCUCGCCAGCGGAGGGCUUGGAAGGUCUCCCUCCAGCCAGAAAUAUGUUCCUCACGAGUGGACGGCGGUACCACGAGGGAACCAAGGGGACGGAAUCUCUAUAGCCGCGCAAGCAGGAGCGCACCUACCGCCACCAAAUAAGCAAAACGCCAUCUCUGCACCCCUCUCACUCCUCCAUCGCCCAGACGGCACGGUUUGGCGCUAUCCCCAUUUUGCCAUCGACCGAGCAAAGCCGGGAAGCCUGAUCGUUGGCCCGGAUGGGAAGCGUUUUGCUAAUGAGAGCGAGCCCUACCAAAAGUUCGUCAGCACGAUGCACGAGCGAGGCAUCAAACGCGCAUUUUUCAUCGCGGACAGGGCAUUUAUACGGAAAUAUGGCAUGGGGAUGGCUCUACCCUGGCCACUUCCUAUUGGUGGCCUCCUUCGCCAGGGCUACCUGGUUCGCGGCUCGACUCUAGCUGAGCUGGCGCGCAAGAUCGAAGUGGAUGUUACAUCCCUGCAGGAGACUGUGAGCCGCUUUAACGGGUAUGCCCAUACUGGUCGAGACGAAGAGUUCAAACGCGGCGAGAAUAUAUACGACCGCUUCUAUGGCGACGCGAUAGUGUCGCCGAACCCCAGCCUCGCGCCUUGUAUCAAAGGUCCAUUUUAUGCGCUCCCUCUGGUUCCAGGAAACGUCAGUAUCAUGUGGGGCGUUACAACGAACAAGGACGCGCAGGUUUUGGGAACUCAAAUGAAGCCCAUCCGUGGCCUGUACGCGGUAGGAUGUGACCAAAAUUCGGUCAUGAGAGGUCAGUAUCCUAGGGGUGGUUCGAGCAUUGGCCCAGGGAUGACAUUUGGCUUCCGGGCCGCUGAACAUGCGGUGAACAAGCAUUCUUCAUAG